AUCAUGGGUCGCAUGCACAAUUUUGGCAAGGGUAUUUCCCAGUCAGCAUUGCCCUACAGGCGUUCUAUUCCAACUUGGCUAAAGUUGACAUCAGAAGAUGUUGAGGAACAGAUCUACAAACUGGCCCGUAAAGGCUUAACCCCAUCACAGAUUGGCGUGAUAUUGAGGGAUUCUCAUGGCGUUGCCCAGGUGCGAUUCGUCACAGGUAACAAGAUCCUGCGUAUCCUCAAAGCUAAGGGUUUGGCCGCUGAUAUUCCAGAAGACCUGUAUCACCUGAUCAAGAAGGCUGUGGCCAUUCGCAAGCAUCUGGAGAGGAACAGGAAGGACAAAGAUUCCAAGUUCCGUUUGAUUCUGGUUGAGAGUCGUAUCCACCGUCUGGCCAGAUACUACAAGACCAAGAGGGUCCUGCCUCCCAACUGGAAAUAUGAGUCCUCCACAGCCUCAGCCUUGGUCGCCUAAUGGACUCUCCAGUCAGAAUUAUUAUACACAUUAUGUGAUUAAAUAACUGAGGAAGAGUGAAA